UCUUCAUUGACAUGAGACACCAAAAAUAAGCUCUUGUAACUUUAUUCCCCAAUGGAGGGUCCUUAGUUCUCUCUUCUUCCACUCUCUCUUUCAAUAUUACCCUAACACCCUUCUUCUUCUUCUUCUUCUUCACUCUUUCUGAUCUUCUCAUUAUUCUUCAACACGUGAAUUUGUACUUGGCUAUUGUUGUUCAUUUGGAGCUUCUUUGGAUCAAAGCAAAGAAAAUUUGAGCAAAGGGAAAACACAAAAUUUGGGAACUUCUUGGUUUGAAUUUUGAUGUCACUGCCAGUAUUUAGCAUAGUGGGGGAGGAGGAGGGCAAAAGCAAUGUCACUUUGUUGGUUUCGUCGACUGCCAUGGAAUGUGCUCGCAUCGAGAGCUCCGAGUUGAAAGUGCGAAACUACAUGGAAUUGUCUGGUUGUUCUUCUGCUGACAGCUCGGUUUCGCCCUUACCGGACGAGCAUAAAAGUAAUCUGAAUCUGAAAGCUACUGAACUCAGGCUUGGUCUCCCGGGAUCUCAGUCUCCUGAGAGAGAUUCUGAUCAUUGCUUAAGAAGCUCAACUCAGUUUGAUGAGAAACCACUUUUCCCCCUGUGCCCCUCGACCGAUGAUCAUCAUCAUUCCCCUGCAAAGGCUGCUGUUUUGGGUAACAAAAGAGGAUUCUUAGAUGUAAUGAAUGGGUUCCAGAAGGGGAAUUUUUUAUCUAAUUCAGAAGUGAAUACAAUUCUGUCGCCGAGGCCUUCUUCUAACUUAGGAUUAAAACCUGGUUCUCUGCUUCAGAGUCUUGGGGUUCAACAAGCCAAAAUGAAAGAAGUAUCGACUACAAAGGUUGGGGUCGAGAAGCCUCAUGCUUUCAAUGAGACCAGACCCAGUCUUAAUGGUUCUGCGAAUAAUAAUAGCAGUGCACCAGCUACCAAGGCUCAGGUCGUGGGGUGGCCUCCCCUAAGGUCAUUUAGGAAGAAUUCACUGGCAACUAAUUCGAAAAACACAGAAGAAGUAGAUGGACAACCGGGGUCCGGUCCACUGUUUGUCAAGGUCAGCUUGGAGGGUGCUCCCUAUUUAAGGAAAGUAGACUUGAAGAAUUACUCUACAUACCCGGAACUAUGUUCUGCUCUAGAGAAGAUGUUCCGCGGUUUUACUAUAAGUCAAUGCGGAUCUUAUGGGACUCUGGGAAAGGAGUUGCUGAAUGAAACCAAGCUGAAGGAUCUUCUUCAUGGGUCGGAAUAUGUUCUUACCUAUGAAGACAAAGAUAAUGAUUGGAUGCUUGUGGGUGAUGUUCCAUGGGAGAUGUUUAUCGAAACAUGCCGAAGGCUGAGGAUCAUGAAGAGUUCAGAAGCAAUUGGCCUUGCUUGCAGCUCCAAGGGAUGUUGAAAGAAGCAAGAGCAGGAACUAGACAUGGCAACAACAACAGAAUCCAUCAUAACUAAAGACAUUUUGGCCAGGGAGAGAUUAUAAUACUAAGCUAUCUUAAUAUUUGUGUUGAUGUUCAUUAUGUGUGUGUUUGAUGUGUUCUUCACGGCAUUUUAUAUAUUAACUAAGCCGUUUUUUAUCAUAUGAUUUUCAACUCUUAUAACCCCUUAAGACUUGACUAUUUGUGAGUUAAUUAAUGAUGUGGUUGAAGGAGGAUAUGAUAUGUAGUGUGUAAAUUUUGAUU